CCUGUCUGUGGGUUGUCAGAGGCCCAAAAACUUACCCAAAGGAGAAUAGCCCAUGUUCCCCCGCAUCGUGGGGUUAGAGAUAUCGUUAGUGUUCCCCCUCAUUCUGGCCUGAAUACUUUCCUGACAUGAACUGGGACAUGAUGAGAGACUGUAUGAGGAAAGGUUUGUGGCCAAUUGAAGUGUUAUCAGCUGAAUGUGCAAGCGAGAUUGUCAUGAUUGAGUGACCCCGCAAAGAUGGACGCGAUGGUGUAUGAGCUGUCAUUUGAUGCGUCGCACUCAUUAUAAAAGAUCAUACCCCAUCCUUCCUCAUUGAAUACAUUCAAACUUCUCUCAUUUCUGUCUUCCCCGCGCCUUGCGUCUCUUACAUAUUUCACAAUGGCAUCAACUACAUCAAUCACAUUGCCCAAUGGCAAGAAGUACGACCAACCUACAGGUCUCUUCAUCAACAACGAGUUUGUCGCUGCUUCGGGCGAUGAGUUCGCAGUGACAAACCCAGUCACCGAGGAAGAAGUCAUCAAGCUCAAGGGAGCUUCAAAAGAAGACGUCGACAAGGCCGUUCAAGCAGCCCGCAAAGCCUUCGAGGGUGAAUGGUCAGAGCUAGCUGCCGUCGACCGCGGCGCAUUCCUUUACAAGCUUGCUGAUCUUAUUGAUCGCGACCGUGAGCUCAUCGCUGCUAUUGACGCCUUUGACAAUGGAAAGCCCUUCAGCGCUUGUCUUGCCGGCGAUCUCGACGAGUCGUACAAUGUCUUCCGUUACUACGCCGGUGCGGCCGACAAGAUCAGCGGCAAGACAAUUGAGACAUCUCCCGCUAAGCUCGCAUAUGUUCUCCAAGAGCCUCUUGGUGUCUGCGGACAGAUUAUCCCGUGGAAUUUCCCCUUCAUGAUGCUCGCUUGGAAGGUCGCGCCCGCGCUGGCAUGCGGUAACACCGUCAUCCUCAAGCCCGCUGAGCAGACACCUUUGUCUGCUUUAUACUUUGGUAACCUCGUCAAGGAGGCCGGUCUCCCUGCUGGCGUUGUCAAUGUCCUGCCUGGUCUUGGCCCCCAGACUGGAAAGGCUAUUGCUGGACACAUGGACAUUGACAAGGUUGCGUUUACGGGUAGCACCAACACUGGUAGGGCUAUUAUGAAGGAUGCUGCGAACAACCUGAAGAACAUCACGCUUGAGUGUGGUGGUAAGAGUCCCUCAAUUGUAUUUGCCGAUGCAGAGCUGGAGCAGGCUGUUAAGUGGUGCCACUUUGGCAUCAUGGACAACAAGGGAGAGGUGUGCACAUCCACCUCGAGAAUCUACGUGCACGAGGACAUCUACGACAAGUUCCUUGAGAAGUUCGUCGCGGUCACAAAGGAGAACGACAAGCUCGGUUCUCCCUUCGAGGAAGCAACAGUCCAGGGCCCUCAAGUCUCGAAGACCCAAUUCGACCGAGUUAUCUCAUACAUUGAGGAGGGACGCAAGUCUGGUGCUAGACUCCUGUACGGUGGUAGCAAGCACGGUGACAAGGGCUACUACCUCCAACCGACAGUCUUUGCAGACACUACCGAGGACAUGAAGAUCAUGAAGGAAGAGAUCUUCGGCCCCGUCGUCUCCAUCGCCAAGUUCUCUACCGACGAGGAAGCCAUUGCCAAAGCCAACGAUACAUCGUAUGGUCUUGCCGCCGCUCUCUUUACAGAAAAGAUCUCUCGGGCACACAAGGUCGCUCGUAAGCUUCAGGCUGGCAUGGUCUGGAUCAACUCAUCCGGCGAUUCACACUUCGGUAUUCCUUUCGGUGGAUAUAAAUCUUCUGGAAUUGGUCGUGAGUUGGGGCAGUAUGCGCUGGAUGCGUAUACUCAGUCCAAGGCUAUUCACGUCAACCUGGGAUUCGAGCUGUAGGGGAAGCUGUAUAGAGAAGCCGUCACGAGAUAGCCAUAAUGAUACCAUUUGUUACAUUACUGGUGGCUGUGUGUUCUGUUGAGUAAUGUUCUCGUUUGUCCGUGGCCUUUCCCAGGCUGAUUAUUACAAGUAUGAGGAACGAUAUUCGUGUCACGCAUGAGAUUGUCCAUCAAUAUAGUGACUGUUCUCUGGCUCGGCUAUCUUCCGCUGGAACCUUAACAUAUUUGAUAUCGGGUACCUUAUCUGUGAGAAUGUGAUUAUGGUUUCCUUAUCAGCCUCCUUAUCUUGACUAUCCAGCCAACAAACAGGUAAAUCAGUGACUCGGAAAG